AUGGAAACAGAUGAGGAUGUUCGACAAAACAUAAUGUCAAUGAACGCCUUAUUUGAUGCCAUUAUUAGCGAUGCGAAUAUACCGAAUGAAGGUAUAGAAGAAGUCGAUUUGACACAAACAAAUGAUUUGGAAGCAAUUGCAGCAAUGAUGUUAGGAAAACUCUCACUUAUUGAGAGCUGCUGUGACUCAAAUGCAAUUGCUACACAGAAGAAAUAUGACGCGCGCAAAUUAAGAGAUAGAAUUCAAAUCAAAAAGAAACAACUCGCAGAAUUAGAAAUUGAAAAUGCAAACCUCAUUGAAAGUGCAAAGAAACAAGAAAAAUUAAUACAGCAAACGCAUGCAACGGCUGCAGAUUUUAUGGAUGAUCAGCAAACCAUUCUCAAACUACGAUUAGAACUGCAACAGGCUCAAAAUGAGAUAAAAGUUCUUGAAGAAAAACGUAAAGGAUUGAUCUUAGACUCAAAGCAUCAAGCUCAUGAUAUUUCAGAAUUUGCUAACCAAGAUCCAUCAGAUCCUAAUUUGCUUCAAGCCUUAAAGGAAAAAGAACAAGAGUUGGAAGCACAAAGAGAACGUGAGCGAAGAGCAUAUCUUAAAAGAAUGGCGCAAUUUAAAGCUCAAAGAGAAGAUCUAAAUAAGCGCAAAGCCCAACUUGAGGCAGAAAUAGCUCAAAAGAAUGAUGAAUUAAGUAAUAUCCAUGCUUCAAAGCAAAAGAAGAAUCGUAGAAAAUAA